UUUAGCCGCUCGUUUAUAAGGCACUGCGUCCUUCUCUGGUCGUCUUUUGUCCUUCGUUCAGCUAGAUCGCCGCUCGUCGUCCGGAGCGCCAUGUCACGACCGACUUCCAUCACGCUCCCCCCACAUGGGAUCACCAAGGCGGACGCCUACCGCGACGACGACGACGAGGAGCAGCUCGGGCUCGCCAACGAUGCCAACGGGAACGCACCAAACACACCCAGCCUCUGGGGGAUACCCUUGAAGUACAUCUCGCUGGUGACGCUGGCCGUCCAGAACUCGAUGCUCACCAUCAUCAUGCACUACUCGCGCGUGUCGACGCCCGCCUCGCAGGCGUACUCGGCAGGGACCGCAGUCCUCAUGAACGAGAUCCUCAAGGGCGCCAUCUCCUUCCUCUUCGCACUGGCACGCGUCGACGCAGCGCCUGCCCCGCCGUCCCCGUACCUCCUCGACGCCCCGAAGGCACGCGCGCAGCUCGUGCGCAGCGCGUGCAGCCGCCUCAACCGGGUUGCGCGCGAUGUGUUCAGCCCCGACUGCUGGAAGCUCUCCAUUCCGGCGAUCCUGUAUGUUAUCCAAAAUAACCUGCAGUAUGUCGCAGCGACAAAUCUGGAGGCUGCGACCUUCCAGGUCAGCUACCAGAUGAAGAUCCUCACCACUGCCGCCUUCUCCGUUGUGCUCCUCAGGAAAAAGCUCGCGCCCGUACAGUGGCUCGCCCUCGUGUGCCUGGCGAUAGGAGUUGGCAUCGUACAAAUUCAGGCCGGCGCAGGACAUGGAAGCGCAGGGCACGAGAUGAAUCCGACCUGGGGCUUCCUCGCCGUCGCCCUCGCAUGCUUCACCUCCGGACUUGCGGGCGUCUACUUCGAGAUGGUGCUCAAGAAUUCCCCUGGCGACCUCUGGGUGCGCAACGUCCAGCUUUCGCUGUUCUCCCUGCUCCCCGCGCUCGCCCCUAUCAUCGUUUCCGCGCGCGACGCCGACAUGGGCGCCUCCGGCCUCCUCUCCGUCCUCUUCCACAACUUUGGCCCCUGGGCGUGGGCCACGGUCGCGGUGCAGGUCGCCGGCGGGCUCGUCACCGCGAUGGUGAUCAAGUACUCGGACAACAUCCUCAAGGGCUUCGCGACGUCGCUCUCCAUCGUCAUGUCCUUCAUGGCGUCCGUCGCGCUCUUCGACUUCCGCAUGUCCUUCACCUUCGUCCUCGGCUCGUCCGUCGUGCUCGUCGCGACGUGGUUAUACAACCAGCAGCCGCCGCGCGCACGACUGGUCAGCAACACGCACGAGUGCGAGCAGUGGGCGCAAAUGCGGCCCAAGAGCGCGCGGUCACCCGUGGUCGAGAAGAGUCAGCCGUUCGAGAAGCUGCGAGUGCUCUCCACCAGCAGCUCCUUCUCGUCGCUACCAGGCACCCUCGUCCCAACAUCCGGCGCGCCAUCACCAACAGGUUCGCCGUCGGACAACAUGUUCUCGUCAGGGCGGUAGCGUGCGCCUCCUGGAAGGUAGUGCGACCCCUUUCUCGGACCGUAGCCACACCUUGGACUUCACGACCACCUUAUGAUACCUUUCGGAUACCAGUAGAGGGUAUGCCACAUCAUUGUCUAAUACCACGACGUGUUGGUAUCGGUAUCGGCCCCCCAGCCUAAUGUAUCCGCACCGGACACUAAUGACGAUUAAAGUAUUGGACCAAAUAGAAUCAUGUAUAUCUAUACCAGCCACAAUGAAGUGCACACCGCAUUCCUUGUCUUACCAA